AUGGUUUACCCGCUUUAUUUCCUGGUUUAUGUCGAUGACAUUCUUGUCAUGGGCUCGGAUUCUCGCCGAGUUACUGGGCUGCGCCGUUAUGUUCAGGAUAUUCUCAAGCGUGCAGGGAUGGUUGACUGUAAGCCGGUUUCUACCCCGAUCUCGGUUGCUCGCUCUAAGGACGGUGAUGUUGCUCCCUUUGCUGAUCCUACGCACUAUCGUGGGCUAGCUGGUGCCUUGCAGUACUUAACGGUGACUCGUCCUGAUUUAUCCUUUGCAGUCAACCGGCUAUGUCAACGCAUGCAGGCUCCUACUACUGCUGAUUGGUCUAUGAUGAAGCGGGUGUUGCGUUAUGUGAAAGGCACUCUUGGCAUGGGGCUGUGUGUUCGGAAGUCUUUAUCUACCUCGCUGCAUGCGUUUUCUGAUUCGGAUUGGGCUGGUAGUCCGGAUGAUAGGAAGUCUACCAGUGGCUUUGCGAUAUUUUUGGGCUCUAAUCUAAUCUCGUGGUCGUGCCGGAAGCAACGCACUGUGGCGCGUUCUUCUACUGAGGCAGAAUAUAAGGCCUUAGCUGAUGUGGCGGCUGAGGUGACAUGGCUUGUUUCUUUGCUUAAGGAAAUCGGUUUCUCUCCAACUUCUCCACCUAGACUAUGGUGUGACAAUUUGGGUGCUACGUACCUGUGUGCCAAUCCGGUUUUCCAUGCUCGGACUAAGCAUGUGGAAAUUGACUAUCACUUUGUCCGAGACAAGGUUGCCAAAAAGGAAAUUCAGGUUCACUUCAUUUCCACGAAGGAUCAGAUUGCUGAUAUUUUUACCAAGCCACUUGCAUCAACUCGAUUCUCUCUUCUUCGUGACAAGCUCAACAUUUCGACUGCUCCACCUUGA